GGGUCAUGUGACGGGGGGAGGAAAACGAAACCACCGAACCUGGAGUCUGUGGUGUUCAGGGCGUUUUCUUUAUUUAGAAUCAACCAACUCGCAACCUGAAAAUAAAUUAUGUUGCAACUCUUCAAGCUCACUCUAAGCCUGUUGCCAUGGAUACCAGUUUUCCUCUGCCGUGUGACCACGGAUGAAGAGUUUGUGGUUCUGGAAGGAGGAUCGCUCACAAUCCCGUGUCACUACGAUCCCCAGUACGCCAGCUACGUAAAAUACUGGUGUCAGGGGAGGACAAGGGAGUUCUGCAGCACGUUAGCUCGAACCGAUGACCACCGCAUGGUCGACCCGGCCGAGCAGAAAGUGAGCAUGUUUGACGACCCGGUCCAGCAGCUGUUCACUGUGACCAUGAAUGGCCUGAAGGAGGAGGACUCGGGCUGGUACAUGUGUGGCGUGGAGAUAGGCAGCAUGUGGAAGGCUGAUGCUACCACCUUCACAAACAUUAAAGUCAUUCACGGGAUGUCAGUUGUUAACAGCAGGAUGAGCGGAGAGGAGGGCAGCUCUGUCACAGUCGAGUGCCUCUACAGCGAGAGAUACAGAGAAAGUGAGAAGAAAUGGUGUCGGAGCGGAGACUGGAGAUCCUGCCGGUCGACCGGAUCUGCGGGGAGCUACGAAGACUCCUCAGUGACCAUCAGAGAUGACAGAUCUGGGGCUUUCACUGUGACCUUUAAGAGGCUGCAGAUAAUAGACACAGCGUGGUACUGGUGUUCUGCAGGGCAGCAGAAGAUAGCUGUACACGUGCUGGUCACACAACCCCCAACCAUCAUGUCACCUGUUGCACCUGAACUUCUGACAAAUGAGUCUGUUGCCAACCUGCCUCCAUCCAAAGCCAUCAGCAGUGGGUCGACGGACAUCUUCAGUGGUUACCUGUUAGUGACGAUCUCUUCUUUAACCAUUGCUGUUGUCUUCACCAUCUUGGCUUUGUAUUCCUUUGGGAUGUGGAAAAAGAAGGAGCGAAACUCUUCACCAAGUGAAGCUGAAAGAAUGAAAGCGAAGUUCAGUGGCUUUUCCGGGGGAAGUGCUUCUGUCAUUUUCCUUCACAAUGAUGCCCAGGAUGUGUAGUGAGAUCAGUCGGAGUUAUUCCCAGUGACUGAAUGUAAUUUCUGUGUUAAGCUACUGCAGACAACAUGCACUCUCUAAUAAAAUGUUCAUUUAUACUAUGGCACGUAACAUAUCAAAUAUUAAACACCUGCUUUUUUAUUCUGAAACAGACUGGACACACUGCCGAAAAUAAAUGUUAAACCGGUU